AUGAUAAAUGAAGAAGAUGCCAAAAACUUGGGUAACUCGGAAGUGAAUCUAUUUGAUGAAACAGACCAGGGAUUGCUAAGUGAAUACAUGGACAUGGAGCCAACUGUGGACAUGGACAAAAGCCAGGACCUCAGAGCAUCGACAAACAAGGGACUGGAAGCAAUGGGCACAUGGGAGGUCAUGAACCUCCCACCCAGAAUGAACACUGUUGAUACCAAAUGGGUGCUCAAAGUGAAAACAGAUGCAAACCUGGUACCUACGAAGUUCAAAAGGAGUAUUGGCUGUGGUGGCUGUGCAAGACUGGGAGACUCAGUUGAUGUCAAGCAGGCAUACCUCAACUUGAACCUACACCACAACAUAUACCUGAAGCCACCAAUUGGAACAAAAGUGCCCCCAGGGAAGGUCUUCAAACUGAAAAAGGGGUCAUAUGGUUUGAAACAGUCAGGCCAAGAGUGGAACACUGAAAUGGAUUCACACCUUUGGAGGAUGGGAUUUCACUGCAUGCCCAGCACACCCUGCCUGUACACAAGAGGAACAGGAAAUGGGAUCACAGUCAUCACAGCAUAUGUCAAUGACAUGCUGAUAGCCUCACCAAGUCAUAAGGAGGUGGAUUGCACCAAGGGUGAGAUCAUGAACAAGUGGGGGAUGGAAGACAAUGGGAGAAUAAAGGAGUUCCUUGGCAUCAAGAUCACAUGGGACCAAACUCAAAGAAGUGUAUCCCUGGACUUAACAGCAUACAUUAAAGCAAUGGUGAGCAAAUGGUUACAGAGAGCAACAGAGAAAUCCUGGGUUCCCAUGCAGGACAUUGCUGUGAGUGCUGGAGGAAACAUAUGUUCACCAUUGUGA